UCUGUAUGGAUAAACUACUAAUCGGCUAUCACCAAAAUAAGUGCACUACAGUGAUUUAAAUGCGUGGUUAUACUGUAUUUGAUUGUUCUUUGAGUAGGGCUAUACUUGAGUAUCUUUGCGUUAAUACCUAUUGUCGCUCUUAAAUAGGUCCAUUUCAGGUGCAUCUUGGUAUGUGAGAUUAUAUCAAGAGAAGAAACGUUAACUCAGAUUGAUUCAUCCGUUCAGCUUGCGGUCAGUAGAAGGCAGCAAAGUGGAGGCGUCUACAUAAUAUGCUAGCCUACUCGCUGCUACGGAUUUCUCACAAACGCUGUGUUCGGGAGAGCUCAUGGCGCAGGCUUUGACAUAUUGAUUCGAAUUAACUGGAUCGCAAAGAGAGCAUUGGGAGCCUUUCGGAUUUACAUAGUAUAUUUAGACAAAAUGUCCGGAGAAAAGAGUCCAAACCCGUGUAAUAAAUUCGAACCAAACAUUUUUUAUAAAAGUAAAUGUCAGAACUGCUUCAAGUCUCUGGAGCUGCAUCUUCAGACUGAUCAUGAUAACGACCAGGCUAAACCCAUCUAUGGAGGCUGGCUCUGUUUGGCUCCGGAGGGGACGGACUUUAACAAUCCAAUGCAGAAGUCAAGGAAAUGGCAGCGGCGAUUCUUCAUCCUAUAUGAAAAUGGCAACUUGAGCUUUGCACUGGAUAAAUUGACAAGCACUCUGCCGCAAGGCACAGUGAACAUGAACUUGUGCUCAGAGGUGAUUGACGCAGAGCCUAAGACUGGCCAGAGGAACGCAUUGUGUAUUGUGACACCCGAACAGGAGUUCUUCAUCCGGGGGGAGAACAAAGAGAUCAUCAAUGGCUGGAGUGAACAGCUUGCUGUUUUUCCACGGACCAACAAGCAGAAUCUGAAGAAAAAACGCAAAGUAGACUCCCCUACAUCACAGGAGCCCAGCCCAGCCAAGAUGGCUGCCACAGAGCCCAGUAUCUUACUCAUGGAAAGUGGUGACACCCGAUCCAGCUUUUGGCCGGAAGAGCGGCCCGCUGGGGGUCCGGAUGUGGACACUCUCUGGAUUGUGACAGACACUGAUCCCCUGGGCCCGGAUGAGACCCCUGCAGUUCGUCAUCCACACUACCUCUCUUCGAGGUCCGCUGACUCCAUGACUUUUGGCAGUAGUCUGCCGCUCUCCAGAGGCUCCUGUUUCCGGGGCUGUGUGGCCAGUAAGGGGCCCGGCAACAGUGACAGGCAGCCCGCGGAGCCUAGGCGGUUCAGAAGCCACCUACCUGCCAACCACGGCCCGGCGAGAAGACACUACAGUGAGCCAGAGAGGCUUCUGGGAGAGGCUCCAGGGAAGGCAUGGAGCAAUGAGGAAAUGGAUCAGGCUGGAUCCGGUAGAGGCAGAAGUAAAGCUUGCAGCAACGACAGAGAGAAACUGCGGUCAUCUAGAGAUAUAGGCCCUUGUCAACUUAGUGCCACUCUUCCCCAGAGAAGAGCCAAGUCACUGGAACGCAGGACCUCAGAGUCUGUCAUGACUCCGGAUUUACUGAACUUUAAAAAAGGGUGGAUGAUGAAACUGGAUAAGGAAGAUAAGUGGAUGAAAUAUUGGUUUGUGCUGUCAGCAGACAGCCUGAGGUACUACAAGGACUCACUCGCAGAAGAGAAUUCCGAUGUGGAUGGAGAAAUUGACCUGACCAAGUGUCAUCAUGUGUCUGAGUACCAGGUCCAGAGGAACUAUGGCUUUCAAGUUCAUACCCAGAAGUGUGUCUAUACUCUAUCAGCAAUGACUGCAGGGAUACGGAGAAACUGGAUCCAGGCCCUAAUGAAGAAUGUCCGACCAUUUAAUGCUCCUGAUGUAGCCAGCAGCCUGCCAGUCCAUCACAUUCUCUGCAGCCCUCCCGAUCACUUGCCUCACCCUAAGCCAGACGUGACCCAGGAUUCCUCCCUCACUUCUGAGGUCCCUACAGAGAAUGUCCAGUGGCCCAAACAUCUCAUCUGUGAGAAGAGACGUGAGGGGCGCUCCAAGACCUUUGACUGGACUGAGUUCAAACCUAUGCUAGCUACCGAGCAGGCAGUGAAGCAAGACAAUGUUCCGACUCCUGAGAUGGAGUUUGCUGGCUCGGGGAAGAAAAGAAGGCGAGAAGAGAGGAGGAGGAGGUAUGAGAGCAUGCUAGGUUUUCCUCUGGGCUUGGAGAUGGACUGUGGUGGAGGAGACACCAGUCUUUGGUCACCCAGGACUCAGCAGAGGGAGAUUGAACAAUGCUGGCAGCUGGUGGAGAAAUCUGCCCUCAGACCGGAGAGGUCCGCACCAUUGUACACGGACUGCAAGGACAAAGGGGAUAUAGAGCUUCAACUGGAGACAUUGAACAAGAGGGUGGAAGAGUUGAAGGACCAGUUGGCAGAGUCAGAACAUCACAGGAUUGAGCUGGAAGCUCAGUUAUGUCCUGCAUUUGGACAACAACAUCACAUCUACCAUCUGCAUGAGGCUCCAACAUGUCUGGAAACUGGUCUUCAUUCUCUAAAAAGCCUGACUGACACACAUGUGGAUACCAGAGAUCACCUCCAGCAACAGAAGCUGAAGAGACAAAGCAUGCAGGAAGAGCUACAACAGGAGCUUGGCCUGUCCCUGUCCUCAGACUCCCUGGAGACACAGUCCUCCUCUGGGACUCACCCAUCCCCACCACCCAGCAUCAUGCUGCAUGAUACCGAGGGUAAGCUCCAGAAGCUGGAUGACCUGUUCCAUGACUCCCCUAUGUCAGGAAACACACCAGCUUCAGACACAGACCUGUCAUCUGACUCUGGGCUUCAGAAUGGACGUGAGAACAAAGGGCCCAACUUGGGCAGUGAAACCAGCUCUCAAACACAGUUUAAAAAUGGAAGCCAUCAGCAGACGUCGCCCACGCAGAGUGUUGCUUUUAGCCCCAAUUCACUGAGCAUGGAGGAAACACAGGAAAAAGCUAACAGCAUUGGAAUAGACAACCCGGCUCGUUGUGAGACACCCAGGGCAACAGAUGAGUAUGCAGAACCAGACCAGGCCAUUGCGCUGAGGAGGCUAGCCCAGGAGGUAGAGCUGCUCAUCAGCCAGAACAAGGCCCUCAACCAGCGCAACCAGGAGAUGCUCAACCAACUGACAGAGGCGGACAGAGAGAUAGAGCGACUGAGAGCAGAGUUUAUCAGUCAGUACAGUGGCCCCGAGUUCCUCUCUAAGGUGGAGCAGCACAGCCAGGCUGAAGUGGAGGGUCUGAAAAGUGAGCUGUUCAGGAGAGAUCAGCAGCUCAGAGAGGCCCAGUUGCUGGUCAGUUCACUGGACCAGCGUCUUAGGGAAACAGAGGUACAGCUGCAACUCAGGGAGGCCACUCUUAAAGCCCUGGGCUCCCCAGCAACAGAGGAGGCGGUAGAGGAGGGCGACAGUGAUUAUGAUGAUGGAGGGGAGGCAAGGGAGAAGAUUAUCAGCACACACCACCUUGGAGUGAAAGAGCGAGAAUCUUUUCUACUGUGUCUGCAGGCCAUGGAGUUUAAACAGUCAGAGCUAGAGAGACAGCUCCUCCACAGAGAACAGAUCUGCCGGGAGCUGCAGAUCAACAACACAGAACUCAGGGAGACAGACAGGUUGUGCAGCCAACAAGGUAACAUCAUAAGACUUAGUGAAGAUGUAGAGAAGGAUAGGAUGUCGGCGAAAGAAAGUGGAUUGAGGUGUUGCAGUGAGGGAAAAUGGCAGGAUGAGAUAGUACUGGUUUCAGGUGAACGAAAGAUUCAGCAAGUAGUGGAAGGAAUCAUGUCGAUGUCCAGAACUCUAGGUAGAGUAUUGCAGGUGAUUGACAGGUCAGAUAAGAAUGUACUAAAGGCGUUAUUCGAUAAAGAGCAUGUGGAGAUCAAUGAGACAGGAAUAAGGCAGGUGAAGUUGGAGGAGCAGUUCUGGGGAGGGCUGUUGAAAGGUUUGAAGGACAACCCAUCCCAAUCGUCUGAGGAUAAACUCACAGAUAUCCUUUUAUGUCAGAGUUUAGAACACAUGGUUUUGCAAAAUCAAAUGCUCCACCUAGCCCAUAGUCUUUUCUCCCAUAAAAAUAUAGAGGAAUGGAGUGGAGGCAAGGACAUGAUGAAUGGAUGUAUGUCUUUGGGAGACUUCGCCAUUAUUGGAAACAUUGCAGAUGAAUCCGGCUCAGAAAUAGCGGAGUACGACGACGACGAGGGAAUAUUGAGUGUGUACAACCAGCAGAACGACACUGAUGAUGUCUUUAGACAAAAUUUCACAGAGAUAACCGAGGAAAGAAUGUUAAUGCUCAACCAGAUCGCAUCCUCAGUCAAAGCCUCUGCCAAUAAUGACCUCCAGUCCAUGGCACAAAGGCUUUAUCAUUACCACAGAGUGAGUGAUCCCUGGUUGUCUUCGAUACACUGCACGGUCAUGGAAGCCUUCUCAUCGUACCGCAUAAGCAGGCUUAAUGCCCUGCACAAGAAGACACUCCAAGAGACUCAACAGGGAUUGCUCACUGCUCCUUCUCCAUUAGUGUGUAGCAGCUGCGCUGGGCGCCUGAACGCCAAAGUGGGAUUACAAGUGGAACACAAUGACUCACGAACGACAGCAACUCUGCUACAGGACGACAACGGACAGCAAAAUACAUGGAGUCCAAACCAGACAGGGACCGCAGGAGAGGAAGUAUGUAGAGUUAGAACACAUGCAGAAGUGACCAACGGCACGGAGAGUCCCAUAAUCAAUGUGAAUGGCUGGACAGGCGGGCUAUUGGAAGGAAUCCAGCAAUGUGAAAUUGAUGUCGAGGAUGGGACCACUCCUGAACCCGAUGAGGGAAAGGUCCGCCUGGGUGAGGAGGAUCUUGAGGUUGUGUUGUCAUCGCUGCGAGAUCGCGUGAAAGAUCUGGAGGAGCAGCUGUCCGUCAUAAACGAGGACAUGAAAGCAGAGCGUGAUGGGAUCACAGCAUCACUUCAGCGGAAACAUGACGAGGAGGUCGAAAGGCUGAAGGCCAUUUAUGAGCAUGGCUUUGUCACCAUAGAGGGCUCCCACCAGAAGAUCCUGGGUGAGCUGCAGUAUAGACACCAGCAAGAGCUGCAGCGCCUACAGAGAGACACAGACAGACUGCUGGAGGAGGAGACAGCUGCCACUAUAACAGCGAUUGAAGCAAUAAAGAACGCUCACCGUGCCGAACUCGAGAGAGAGAUACAGCGGGCCUGCCACGCAAACAGCGAUUUAGGAGACAUACGAAGAAUAGGCAGGCAACACAGUGAGGAGCUGGCCUCCUGUCACAGGGAGCUGGAGGUGUUGUGUCAGCAGUACUGUCUCAAGUGUCUGGAGUGCUCCCACCUUGGCCAAGCCCUGGAGGCAGAGAGACUGGCCUUGGGUCAGUGUCAGCUGGAGAACUCAGACCUCAGGACUCGCAACCAGGAGCUGAGUGGCCAUUUAACAUCUGAGAUCACCAAACUCUGCUCUCUGGCCAAGCAGGAUGUCAUCCCGUUCAGUCAGGAGAGAGAUGUGUAUGAGCUAGAGAUCGAUCUGCGUGUGAAGGAGUCAGAGGUGAAGUGUCUGGAGCAGCAGAUCACCUCCCUCAAGGGUCAGCUCCAAACAGCCCACAGGGAUAGUAAGUACAUGUCAGAGAAGUUCAAGGACAUCUCUGCAGAGCUGAGUAUUCUGAGGUCCAAGGCUGAGUUUGACCUGGGACAGCUCAGGGAGAACCUUAGGGUGGCCCAUGAAGCACUAGGAGAGCUCUCACCUGCAGUGGACUCAGAUAAUGAGUGUCAAGGAAGGCUGUGCUGCUGAGCGAAGAAGAAACAACAUUGAUUGUUAAUCUGUAUUUAAAACAUUUAGCAGUUCUGUUAAACAUUUGAUAUCCAGUCUACUGUUUCCAUACUACAUUAAUUAAAAAAGUUAAUUAUUUGAGAAUUCUGUACUAUUAUUUAAUUUUAUAAACAUACUAAUAUUUUACCUUCAGUAAGUAUGUAAUGCUAAUUAACAGUUAUCUCAUGAAAGCCUAAUGUAUGUAUAGCAAAUAAUGUAAAAGUAUUAUGUUUGUUUAUGAGUGUUUUAGGGAGGUUUAU